AUGAGCAAUCUCACCAAUGUCGAUGGGUUCAUCCUUAAUGCCUUUUCAAACAAAAUGAUGCCAAAUACAUUGUAUUUUCUGUUGUUCCUACUAAUUUACCUUAUUACAGUGUUUGGAAAUAUAUUGAUUAUUUGUGUUAGCAGCAUUGAUUUCCACCUUCGGACGCCCAUGUAUUUUCUUCUCAGUAAUCUUUCUUUCAUGGAUGUAUGUUACACAUCUAUCACUGUUCCCCAAGUUAUGGUUAUCCUCUUUUUGAACCCCCCAGUGAUUUCUUUACGAGCAUGCAUAAGUCAACUAUAUUUCUUCCUUACCUUGGCAGCUUCUGAGUCAUCUUUAUUGGCUAUGAUGGCCUAUGACAGGUAUGUGGCCAUUUGUAGUCCUUUGCGAUAUGCAGCGAUUAUGAAUAAAGAAGCAUGUCUCCAAAUGACAGCAGGUACUUGGUUAAUAGGAUGUAUUUAUGGAGCCAUUCACACCAUUAAUACUUUCAGAUUACCAUUCUGUGGGCCCAAAAUACUAAACCACUUCUUCUGUGACAUUCCUCCCUUGUUAAAGCUUUCUUGCAUUAAUACAUACUCCAAUGAGGUGACUAUUUUUGCUGUUGGUGGCUUCCUUAUGCUUGGAUGUUUUCUCCUAAUCUGUGGGUCUUACAUGAAUAUCCUCUUAUCAGUCUUGAAGAUCCCAAAAGGAGAGGGAAGAGGAAAAGCAUUCUCCACCUGUAUAUCUCAUCUCAUUGUUGUCCUGCUCUUUUAUGGUAGUGGUAGCUUUAUGUACAUGCGUCCAAAGUCUAAUAUUCUGGCUGAUAAGGAAUGGAUUCUCUCAAUAUUCUAUACCAGCAUUACACCUCUACUGAACCCACUUAUUUACAGCUUAAGGAAUAAGGAUAUUCAAAAAGCUAUAGUGAAACAGAUAAACUACAAAAUAAUGCACAUAUUUAGGUAG